AUGACUUCGUCCCCUCCCUACAGCCAGCUCUCGCCUUUCCAAGCGGACGUUGGUGAUGAGCCCUCUGUGCAAGAAAUAGUCGCUGGGAGCAGCAACCACGAAAGUCCAGCAACGCUAACACUGCAGCGUGUCUUUGAACAGAGUCGCCGAGGCGCCCCCAAGAAGGAUGACGCAGACAAGCCUGUCGAGGUGCCCCCGGGGCCGCCAGCCAAGGGCAAGCCGAGACUGCUCCUGAUGGGACAGAGGAGGAGCGGGAAGUCGUCCAUAUCCAGUGUCGUCUUUCACAAGCUGCCGCCUAACGAGACACUGUUCCUCGAGUCGACGGCGCGUAUACAGAAGGACUCGAUGGCCUCAUUCAUGGAUUUCCAGGUCUGGGACUUUCCUGGGCAGAUCGAUAUCUUCGAGAACCCAACCUACGACAUGGAGGCCAUCUUUGGUGAGAUUGGCGCCCUCAUCUGGGUUAUUGACGCGCAGGACGAUUACCUUGAGGCCGUGCAACGCCUCAACACAACGAUUCUCAACCUACAAAGGUCAUAUCCCAACAUUAACAUUGAGGUCUUCAUCCACAAGGUCGACGGCCUCUCGGAUGACUACAAGCUCGAUAUCCAGCGUGACAUAACCAUCCGCAUCCAGGACGACCUUUCGGACCACGGCUUCGAGAACGCUCCUGUCACCUUCCACCUCACAUCCAUCUACAACCACUCCAUCUUUGAGGCCUUCAGCAAGGUCAUCCAGAAGCUCAUCCCCCAGCUCGGUACCCUCGAGGCCAUGCUCACCAACCUCUGCCGCACCUGCCGCUUCGAGAAGGCCUAUCUCUUUGACGUUCUUUCCAAGAUCUACAUCGCCACUGACUCGGCGGCUGCCGACAUGGCCGCUUACGAAAUCUGUUCAGAUUACAUCGACGUCAUUAUCGACAUUACUGACGUGUACGGAUCGUGGAACCGUUCUGAUGCCCAACGCCAGCGCAUCGAGGGCGAGCCAUGGAACGCAAAGGUCGAGGACCAGGUCGCGUGCAACUGGGCUGAGAGCUGCAUGGUCCUGCACGACGCCGGACGACCGAUUAUGCUGCGCGAGGUUGAUCGAUACCUCGCCCUCGUGGCCAUUAUGAAGGAGGACUCUUAUGACCGCAUGCCGCUCGUCAACAUGAAUGUCGAGGCAGUGGUCCAGGGGUUGACGGAGUUCUUUGACAUCACGAAGCCCCGCGGGGAAGGACAGGCGCGGCGAAUCUAA